GUUUCAAGAUGGCGAUUCGCAUACGAGGAAUUUUAUCUCCAUUUGUAAACGAAAAGUACCUUUUAAGGAUAGCUAAAAGGAUCAAGGAGCUACCUUGGUUUACCAAUGCAUUUCAGGAAGUUUCAGAUAGCACAGACAAAGCAUAUCAAGAAGAUCAAAGUAUAAAUGAGCUGAMCAAACUUUCAGAUAAAAAAUGGUUUGCAAAGGAUAAAUCUAUUGUAGAAGUAGAUUCUAUUUAUAAAACAUUACCAAAUGCCAAGACUGCAGUUAAACGGGCCACACCAGAACCAAGGUUCAUCUGGAAAGAAUUCAGAGAAUUUCCCUCAUCUCCACAUGAAGCUAAAGUUGAUGUUAUGACUUACUUGGAGCAAAAAGAUUGUUUUAAUCGUCUUCAAAAACUGAAGGCACCAGAGUUUUGUGUUGGAAGUAUUGUGGCUGUCACACGUGCAGACCCUUACAUACCAAAAGGGAAAGUCAGGUUUGUAGGUAUAUGUAUUUCAAAGAACCACUGGCAAAAUACACUUGGUGCAACAUUCACUCUGCGAAAUGUUAUUGAUGGGGAGCCAAUGGAAGUCAACUUUCAGUUAUAUUCACCAAAUAUUCAAAAAGUUGAAGUGCUGAAGCAUGAAAGACGUGAUAAAUCUGCAUUGUGGUAUCUUCGAGACUAUCCUCCCAACAACAGUUAUAUAAAUGAAGCUAUGGAAGCACUUCCUUACUCAAAUGAACCUUCAUUAUAUGUUAAGUCUAAAGAAGAAAGGCUUAAAAUUGAAAAGUGGUUUGACCAAGUUUGGAAAAGCAAGAGAAGGCAAUAAUUUAAUUAGCCAUGAUGAGCAUGAAAUUUUGAAUAAAACAUGAUAAAUCUUUA